AAGUUUACCACCGUCAGAGAACGUUCAUAUGUUUUACCUUAGAUAAUCUAUUAAAUUAAAAAAAUCUUCUUCAAACUUUCAACUUCACAAUUCAAAUUAAAUUGAAGUCUCCAGCAAUGUCACUUUGGUGGCGAAAUAUAAGCAGCUUAACGAGAUCACUUAACAGGCAACUAAGCCAUCUCUAUUGCAAAGAUAUUACACCAUAUAUUAUUGCUCAAAACUCAGGUCAUUUAAUACGUUAUCAUUCAUCAUUGAAGCACAAGAUUUCUAAUGUUCCUCCGGAUAUACGUAAAGCAAACAAGGACAUCACAAAUUUGAUUCGAAAUGGUCGAUUAAAUGACGCAAAAAGAUUAUUCAAUAAGUUAACGAAUCGAAAUACAGUUACAUGGAACUCAAUGAUUAGUGGGUACGUGCAACAACGUGAGAUUGUUAAAGCACGACAACUGUUCGAUGAAAUGCCUCAUAGAGAUGUUGUGUCUUGGAAUUUAAUGGUUUCUGGUUAUUUGUCCUGUCAAGGGAACAGGUAUUUGGAGGAGGGUAGAAACCUGUUUGAUGAAAUGCCUGAAAGAGAUUUCAUUUCUUGGAACACGAUGAUUAGUGGGUAUGCUAAAGCUGGGAAAAUGAGUGAAGCAUUGGAGCUUUUUAACUCUAUGCCUAAGAAGAAUGUUGUGUCGUGGAACGCGGUGAUUUCAGGGUUUUUGCGUAACCGGGAUGUGAAAACUGCUGUUGAGUAUUUCAAGAGAAUGCCCGAGAGGGAUUCGGCUUCGCUUGGUGUGCUCGUAUCGGGUUUGAUCCAGAAUGAGGAGUUGGAUGAGGCCGAAAAUGUUCUUUAUGAAUUUGGAGAAAGCAAUGAUGGGAAAGAAGAUAUGGUUCAUGCUUAUAACACUUUGAUUGCUGGAUAUGGUCAGAAAGCAAGGGUUGGUGAUGCUAGACGCCUUUUUGAUAAAAUCCCAUCUUGUAGUGAUGAAGGAAUUAGCAGAAAGAAGAGAUUUGAGAGAAAUGUGGUAUCGUGGAAUUCGAUGAUCAUGGCUUAUAUCAAAGCAGGAGAUGUUGUUUCUGCGAGAGAACUUUUUGAUCAGAUGACGGACAAGGAUACAUUUUCAUGGAACACAAUGGUUUGUGGAUAUGUCCAUGCUUCAAAUAUGGAUGAAGCAUCAAACCUGUUUUCUAAAAUGCCAAAUCCUGAUGUACUAUCAUGGAAUUCAAUUAUCUCUGGAUAUGCACAGACGGGAAAGUUGGAAUUGGCACGUGAUUAUUUUGAAAGGAUGCCCCACAAGAAUCGGGUUUCUUGGAAUUCAAUGAUCUCUGGGUGUGAAGGAAAUGCUGACUAUGAAGGAGCAAUAAAGUUAUUCAGGGAGAUGCAACAGGCAGGAGAGAAACCUGAUAGACACACACUCUCUUCACUUCUAAGUGUUUAUGCUGAAACUGUGGCAUUGUUUCUUGGUAUGCAGAUUCAUCAGUUAGUAACAAAGACUGUUAUACCAGAUAUACCUUUAAACAAUUCCCUAAUAACUAUGUACGCAAGAUGUGGUGCAAUACAUGAAGCAAGGACAAUUUUUGAAAAUAUGAAAUUUCGAAAAGACGUAAUCUCAUGGAAUGCAAUGGUCGGAGGAUACGCAUCUCAUGGUUUUGCAUUUGAAGCCCUAGAGCUUUUUGAAUUGAUGAAGUGCCUUAAAGUGAGGCCAACUCGCAUUACAUUCAUUUCAGUUCUGAAUGCGUGUGCUCAUGCUGGUUUAGUGGAACAAGGUCGGUUAUAUUUUAGAUCUAUGGACUCUGAAUUUGGCAUCAAACCUGAGGUUGAGCAUUUUGCCUCUCUUGUGGAUAUUGUUGGUCGCGACGGACAGCUUGAGGAGGCCAUGAAAGUGGUUAACACUAUGCCAGUGGAGCCAGAUAAGGCUGUCUGGGGUGCAGUAUUAGGUGCUUGUAGGGUGCACAACAACGUUGAGUUGGCUCGAAUAGCAGCUGAAGCGCUAAUGCGCCUGGAACCAGAGAGUUCAGGUCCUUAUUGUUUGCUAUAUAACAUGUAUGCCGAUGCUGGAAGGUGGGAUGAUGCAAAUGAAAUCAGAAUUUUGAUUGAAACAAAUAAUAUAAGGAAGGAGCCCGCUUAUAGCAGGGUGGGCUCAACUUCCUCAUAGUGAUUUCUCAAAUUGUAAAUUUUGAUCACACGAUGAAUUUGGAUCGAGUUGGCAAUGUUGGGGUUCAAAUCAAUAGAUGGAAAAUGUGGUGUGCAGUAUCUUGCAGAGAGUUUGCAGUAUUCUUGCUUGGACUAAUAAUACAACAAUGCUGUUCAAUGCAAAUAGAUGUUUUGGAGCAUUUAAGUUUGCAGUUUUAAGUCUUCAAAGAAUUGUGCAUAGCGAAUAAGAGUGGGCCAAAAGCUUGUUUCAUGAAGAAACACCACGAACACAUGCAUGGACUCUACUGAUAACAUCACAUGAUCACCAGGUUCGCUUACC